AUGACACAGAUCCCUCACCCCCUUUCAGCCCUCACCGUUGCGGAGAGCGACGUGGCCCGUGAUGCUGUAUUGGCAGCUCACGAGGGCGCUGUGCUGAAGUUCCGCCUCAUCUUCCUUCUCGAGCCCCCAAAGGCCGAAGUGAUUACAUUCCUUGACCUCGAGCACGCCGGAAAGGUCACUGCAGAGACCUCUCGCCCUAUUCGCACAGCACAGGUUCACUACGAUGUCAUCGGCGGCGACAAUGCUGCCGUGUACCAGGAAUCCGUGGUCGACCUCAGCUCCAAGAAGGUAGUCGACACCAAGAUUGUCGCCAAAGUACACCAAGCGAGCUUGGUCCUGAGUCGCCGCUUUUCCAGGAAAAAGAUUGCCGCUCUCGAGCUCCCGAAAGAUUUCGAAGUCGUUGUCGAGCCCUGGCCAUAUGGGGCUCCCGAAGUGGCCGACGGCGAUACUCGUCUUUUCCAAGCCCUGAUUUUCGCGCAGCUUCUGGCUGGUUGCGUGAGACAAGACCUGAAGCCCUUGACUGUUGUCCAGCCCGAUGGUUCCCGCUUCGGCAUCACGGACAGCAACCUGAUUCAGUGGCAAAAGUGGAGCAUGCGAGUCACAUUCAACCCGCGAGAGGGAGCCGUUGUCCACGAUAUUAGGUUUGACGGGCGCAGCGUGCUCUACAGGCUUAGUAUGAGCGACAUGACUGUCCCGUAUGCCGAUCCGCGACCUCCCUUCCCCCGAAAGCAGGCAUUUGACUUUGGAGACGGAGGCCUUGGAAAUGCUGUCAACAAUCUGACUUUGGGAUGCGAUUGUCUCGGUGUCAUCAAGUACUUCGACGGCGUCCUCACUGGGGCUGACGGCUCCGCCAACGAAACGAAGAACGUCAUCUGUCUCCACGAACAAGAUGCUGGUAUUAACUGGAAGCACACCAACUGGAGGACCGGCCGCGCUGUUGUUACCCGCCGACGCGAGCUUGUGAUCCAGUUCAUCAUCACGCUGGCUAACUACGAGUACAUCUUCAACUACAAAUUCGACCAAGCAGCCGGCAUCACAGUCGAAGCCCGCGCGACAGGCAUCGUCUCGGUCGUCAACAUUGACCCCGGCAAGACGAGCCCAUGGGGGAACAUUGUCAGCCCAGGUGCCCUCGCUCAAAACCAUCAGCACAUCUUCUGCGUGCGCAUCGACCCCGCGAUUGAUGGUCAGCAAAACACGGUUGUGCAAGAAGAGAGCCUUCCGGUUCGCAUGGACAAGCGGACGAACCCCAAUGGCAACUACUAUGAGGUCCGACAAACGCCCAUCACAACAUCUGUAGGCCUUGAUGCCGUGCCGCAGAACCACAGGGUGUUCAAGAUCCAGAACACCAACAAGCUCAACCCCAUCAGCGGCAAGCCCGUCGCGUACAAGAUUGCGCCGCCUGCAACUCAACUGCUGCUCGCCGACCCGAACAGCACCCAGGCGAAGCGUGCUCUUUUCGCUCAGCACCACCUGUGGGUCACCAAAUUCAAGGAUGACGAACUGUACGCCGGUGGCCGCUAUACACUGAUGAGCAAGAAAGAGGUUGACGGCGUAUCUGAUGCGGCUGACCGCAACGACGAUGUUCUCAAUGAGGACGUCGUCGUGUGGAGCGUAUUCGGCCUUACCCAUAACCCUAGGAUCGAAGAUUGGCCCGUCAUGCCUGUUGAAAUUAUGCAGCUUAACAUUACUCCUUCUGAUUUCUUCACCAGGAAUCCAGCGAUUGAUGUGCCCUCAGACAAGGAUCUUGGUUCGAAGCCCACAGAGGGGUGCUGCAAUGCGACCGAUCUCGAGCGCGUAGACACAGCGAGACUGCAAAAUGGCGAAAACACGGCCGAGACGUCUCCUUCGUCUCGAUUCCAAAUCCAUCACUCAUGA